UUUCCACUUCCGGAACCAUUAGCGGCGGAUGUUGACAGCGACACCGCUAAGCGUUAACACUGGAGUUGUAGUUUGUAAUUUUUCUGUUUGUCGUGGUAAAAAAAAAAGAGAAGAUGGCAUCACCCAACUCGUACAAACUCAGAUGCUCCAUCCCGGGCCACGAGAUGGACGUGAGGGGACUGGCGGCCGCGGCUUUCCCAGACGGAGCUUUCGUGUCCGUGUCCAGAGACCGAACCGGAAGGGUUUGGGUACCGAACUCCAGCCCGGACAAAGGGUUCACAGAGAUGCAUUGUAUGUCUGGCCACUCCAACUUUGUAUCUUGCGUAUGCGCCAUCGCCCCCAGUGAAACCUACCCCCGGGGUCUGAUCGCCACCGGCGGGAACGACAACAACAUUUGCGUCUUUACUCUGGACCAACCGCAGCCCCUCUACACCCUGCAGGGUCACAAAAACACAGUUUGCACUUUGUCGUCGGGGAAGUUUGGAACGCUUUUGAGCGGCUCCUGGGACACGACGGCCAAAGUCUGGCUCAACGAGAAGUGCAUGAUGACUCUGCAGGGCCACAGUGCAGCUGUGUGGGCUGUGGUCAUCUUACCCGAACAAGGCCUCAUGCUGUCUGGAUCCGCAGAUAAGACCAUCAUGCUCUGGAAGGCUGGUCGCUGUGAGAGGACGUUCACAGGUCACGAGGAUUGUGUGAGAGGGCUGGCGGUCAUCAGCAACACAGAGUUCUUCUCCUGCAGCAACGACACCAGCAUCAGAAGGUGGCUGGUGACGGGCGAAUGCGUCCAGGUCUACUACAGCCACACCAACUACAUCUACAGCUUAGCCGUCUUCCCCAAUAGUCAAGAUUUUGUAAGCACAGGAGAGGACCGGACUGUGAGGAUAUGGAGGAAAGGCGAUUGCUGCCAGACCAUCCGCCUCCCUGCACAGUCAGUCUGGUGCUGCUGUAUUCUACCCAACGGGGACAUCGCCGUCGGUGCCAGCGAUGGCAUCAUUCGCAUCUUUACGGAAGCUGAGGACCGCAUGGCCAGCGCCGAAGACCUACAGGCCUUUGAGGACGAGCUCUCCAAGGCUACCAUAGACCCUAAGACGGGGGACCUGGGGGACAUCAAAAUGGAGGACCUGCCUGGGAGAGAACACCUCGACGAGCCCGGGAAUCGAGACGGGCAGACGCGUUUGAUCAAAGACGGACAGAAGGUGGAGGCCUACCAGUGGAGCGUCAGCGACGGCCGCUGGGUGAAGAUCGGGGACGUGGUCGGAGGUUCCAACCAGCAGACCUCCAAGAGCGUGGUGUACGAAGGGAAGGAGUACGAUUACGUCUUCACCAUCGACGUGAACGAGGGCGGGCCGUCCAUGAAGCUGCCUUACAACGUGUCGGACGACCCCUGGCUGGUGGCGCACAACUUCCUGCAGAAGAACGACAUCAGCCCCAUGUUCCUCGACCAAGUUGCUAAUUUUAUUAUCGAAAACACUAAAGGACACGUGGUCGGUCCUGCUCAGCCCGCCGGAGGUGAUCCGUUCACAGGAGGCUCCCGGUAUGUUCCCGGCUCGUCCAAUGACGGCUCAGGCUUCGGAGCGGACCCCUUUACAGGCGCCGGUCGCUACAUCCCAGGAUCAAGUUCCAACACGAGCGCUCCUUCCGGUGUGGCCGAUCCGUUUACUGGAAAAGGCGCCUACUCCUCCGCAGCCCAGAGACAGACUGCGACUAACAUCUACUUCCCCAAAACUGACGGCGUGACCUUUGAGCAAGCCAAUGCCCCGCAGAUCAUCGCCAAGAUAAAGGAGCUGAACGAAGGAGCCCCUCAGGAGCAAAAGCUCUCAGAGGAAACCAUAGAAAGCCUUAAGGGGCUGUUGCUGGCUGUGUGUGGGGCGAACUCCCCUGACGCUCCAACCAUUCAGCAGAUCAGCCUCCUCUGGAAGGUCUCGCACUGGCCUGAAGAUAUCGUGUUUCCUGUCCUGGACAUCCUGAGGCUGGCAGUGCGCCACCCGCAGGUCAACGAGAGCCUCUGCGGCGAGGCGGAAGGAGUCCAGCUGUGCAACCACCUGCUGAGCCUGAUGAGGCCCGAGGGCCGCCCCGCCAACCAGCUGCUGGCGCUGCGCACCCUGUGCAACUGCUUCAGCGGCCGACACGGCCGGGCGCUGCUCAUGGCCCAGCGCGAAACCGUGCUGUCGCGCGCCGCCGACCUGGUCGCCGUCUGCAACAAGAACAUCCACAUCGCCCUGGCCACGUUGGUGCUGAACUACGCGGGCUGCCUUCACAGCCAGCCCGACCUGGAGGCCAAGGCGCAGUGUCUAUCCGUGGCCAGCAGGGCUCUGGAGACGGUACAGGACAAGGAGGCUGUAUUUAGGCUGCUGGUGGCUUUGGGGACCACGGUGGCCUCGGACCAGACGGCCCAGGACUUGGCGCGCUCCCUGGGCGUGGGCUCCCAGAUUUCCAAAUACUCUACAGUGUCUGAGCCGUCGAAGGUGGGCGAGUGUUGCCAGCUGGUUUUAAAAGAACUGCACUGAUUGUGAAUAAUUUAGAGAAGAGAGGAGCACUUCUUUCUAUUACUCUGCUCUCCUUAUACAGUAUGGUUGAGACAGAAUUGCUACACUUGUAUGGUCUGCAAUAAAAGCAAAGUUUCUUUCUA